UGUCACUGUUGUUUUGACGUAAGAGGCUGCUGUCUCGUUACAUGUUACAUCUUGAUCGAACAAAAUUAUUUGGUUACCUUGUGGUUCUUCGACACUUGCUCGAAAAUGUUGCGGCCAUUAAUGGGUGUCACGGCUUUAUUAAUGAUAAUGGAAAUGAAUGUCUAUAUAGCCACCGAUUGGUGGUGGGGAGCGAGAGAUCCAUUUGGUCCAUAUCCGAGAAUACCGGAUAAAAAUUUGGUGAAGAGAGAAAUUGCAUUUGCAGAGGAGUGCAGGAAAUUUAUAACUGCGCCUAAAGACCAAUGGAUUCGUUAGAGGAACUUUAUUAACUUUAAUUGUACAGUGAAUAUGUAUGCGUUUUUUC